UUGUUUCAGUUCCUCUUCUUUGACAUAUGUGCUUUGUGCUCAGGCAUUUGGACAAAUCUGUUAGGCAUAGUAGCUGGCUUCUUUUUGGUUAACUGCGGUCUAUAUGUGCUAGAUUCCGGUAGAGCUUUCGAAGCAGUUGCUAUUCACACAUUCCAGAGAAUACCGGCGGCAAAACCACUACUAGAUAGGUUAUACUCCCUUCCUUACAUUGGUAGAAUCCUCACUGAUCGAAGACAUCAAAUAAGAGUUGCUCUCGUUACCACUGCUGUCAUGUCCGCAUUGAUGUGGUUCAGCAGCGACAAGAUCAUCGUGAAGGAAAUCACUAUUCCUGUCCAAAACUUUUCUGGAGCUGAUGGUGGAGUACGCAUAGCUCUUGUAUCUGAUGUUCACACUGGAGCUAGUGUUCAUAAAAGUCAGGUCGUUUAUUUUCCAUUUCUGCUUUUUUCCUGCUUUCUACUCAAAAGAAGUAGGGUUGAGGUAGUUACCUGCAUAGAUCUCCAAAAGCUCCAGUUUAUUACCUUUUUUCAGAUCGAAAAAAUGGUUACUACGCUGUUCGAUCUAGAUGUCGAUGCAGUUGCUCUUGUUGGCGAUUUAGUGGAUGUACUUGGUCUCUGGUUCGCUAACAAUCAAUGUCUCUGUCGUAGGAGAUUGACACAUAGAUUCACCACAUAUUUUGUAACUGGUAAUCAUGAGUACUACUAUGGUGAUGCUAAGAAAUGGCUUGAUCUGUACAAAGACCAUCGAAUUCGUGUACUGAACAAUCAAUGUGAGAUGUUCCACAGAAUCUGUAUCGUUGGUGUGAAUGACAUCUCCAGCGAGUAUUCUGGGUUAGUGAUAAGUUCCGUUUUUUGUGUCUUUUAUUCUUUCAUCGUUUUUAUUGCGGGUCAUCACAUGAAUCUCACUGUAGCGAUGAGUAACUGCUCGGCAGGCUCAACCCGAGUGGUCUUGGCUCAUAAUCCUGCAAGUGUACUUGAAUUUUCGCAAAACGAUCUUGAAAAAGUGGAUGUCGUUUUAUCA